AUGUAUCUCAUGGUCGCCACACGUCCGGAUCUAGCUGCUGCAGUGGGAUCAUUAUCCCAGUUCUCGUCCGACCCAUGCCCGACUCACUGGCAAGCUUUGAAGCGUGUGCUGAGAUACCUGCAAGCAACGCCCAAUCAUGGUCUUGAGUUUACACGUGAAGAAGGAAGCCGUAUCUGCGGGUACACCGACGCAGACUGGGCCGGCGACAUUGAGUCAAGACGAAGUACAAGCGGCUAUGUGUUCAUGAUGAGCGGAGGAUGCAUCAGCUGGAAAAGCCAGAAACAACGGACGGUCGCGCUAUCUUCAACAGAAGCAGAAUACAUGGCGCUUUCCGAAGCAACCAAAGAAGCAGUAUGGCUCAAAGUGCUUUUGGGGGAACUUGGUGAGAUGACAAGCGACGAAGCGAUCAAGAUGUAUGAAGACAACCAAGGAUCAAUCGCUCUCGCCAAGAACCCGGAGUUCCAUAAGAGAACAAAACACAUCGACAUACGCUACCAUUUUGUGCGUGAGAAGGUGGAAUCAGGUGAAGUCGUUUUGGAGUAUUGCCCGACUCAAGAUAUGCUGGCAGACAUGAUGACCAAGCCGAUCGCCGCUGUACAAUUUGAAAACAUUCGCGAUCGACUUGGGAUCCAAGGUGCCGCAGCUAACGAGUCGAGAGGGAGUGUUGAAAAGACAGCGGCUGUAAAGAAGACACCUCGUCAAGCUGCGUCAAGUGUUGAAGCAAGUGGAAGACCAAGCCUCGCUAUACCGGUGGGUACCGGUAUGUACCAGUAA